UGUAGUAUCACGAAUACUGAGGGUAAGGGAAAUGCCUGCCACACAAGGCCUGCCUCCGUUGGGCGUUAUUCGAUGGUUGUUAAUGCUGUUGAAAUGAUAGCAUGUUUUGAUAUAUGGUGAUGUUCUUCUUUUGCUAUUCAUGAAAAGGAAAUCAGAGGGCGAUACUGCAUCAAGCUUAUAUAUUUUCCUUGACAAGGGGCUUUGCAUGGAGCAAAGGCACCUUCACAAAGUGCUUGGGAUGGUCACACCCACCAGACUUGCACACAGUCCUGGAGGGGAGCAAGUGUGAGAGCAAUGAAAACCUUGUGUGAAAAUACAGCCCAAACAUCACUCACACCUGGGAUCAAUUUUCUUCUACCUACAAGGCCAUGUAACCAGGGCUUCCAUGAUUUGACCAUUUGGCUUGAGAGGAUAUGUUUGUUAUGAUAUGUCAUAUGAUAUGAUAUAUGAUAUGAUGAGAGGAUGCAAUAAGGGGGAUUCUCUAAUUCAGUUGUGGUGGUAGACGCCUUUGCCUAAUCUGACGCUGUGGUGACAGGCUGUUAGACUGAAGGUCUGGGGUUUUAGUCUGAAUCACAAGAAGCCAUGUGUUCAGGUCAAGGUCUGCAUGUUUGGAUUUCACAGGAGCUGGAUUGUAUGCAGUCUCUCAAGCAACAUGUUAGAUUCAAGUUUACCAAGUUGUAUGGAAUGCAAAUGUUAAGUAUCAUGUUACUGGGGCUUUUACUAGUGUGAGAAAUAUACAUUUAACCAUUUGGUAGAUUUUAUUAUAUAUUCCAUAUGUUAUAUAAAUUGCAUUAUUUUAAACCUUUUGUAAUGUUUCAUUCAACUGUUCUAGGUUGAUCAGUCAGGAUGUUGCAAUCCCAUUUCUGUGGAUGUUUUGGUGCCUAUAAAGCAGUUCCCUAAGUGUGCAGGACUUGGAGUGGGGGAGUUUGCCUUGGACAGUGUGAAGGCAUGCCCAAAUUUAGGCACCUACACAUAGUCACACUGUGUGCUGGGGGAGGGUUGAGACUGGUGAACAUUCAUCAUAAGAUAAUCAAGUAAGCAGCUGUUGCUGCUGAAGGAACAAAUGCAGACCUAUGAUUGGUCCUACAAGGGCUUAAUAGCAAUUAGUAUAUAGGUCUUAUGCCAUUAGGUUGUUUUUAACUACAAUGGCUAUGUAUUCUUUCAAAGCAACAAAUAGCCAUUAUAAUGGCCAUAUAUUUUCAUAGGUGAUGUCCACUUAGUGAUUGCUAACAGGUGCAUAGCUUGAACUUUCUGAGAGUGGCGUGCGAUGCGGAGGGUGCGGCCGGUCCGGGACCGGCCGGCCUCACCGGACGGGGUCACGUGCUCCAUGCGUGCACUGUUUGCCAUCUGUGCCGCCUUCAUUGUGGUCUGUCUCAUCGGCUACAUCCCGAUCAUGCUCAAAGAGAAGCACGUACCGCGGUUUGACUGGGGCCCGGAGGUGAACCGCAACACCAGUCACUACAUCCGUCCCGACGACAACACUACCCUGCUGCAGCCGGCGGGACACAGCGCCGGUGGCUGUCGGCCCUUCCUGCUGGUCGUCGUCUCGUCGGCCGUGAAAAACUUCCCGGCCCGGAACGCCAUCCGGCAGACGUGGGGAGCGCCGGCCAAUCUGCCCGCCGAUGUCGUCAUCCGCUUCCUGGUCGGCACGACGGCCAACGGCUCGCUGGUGGAGAACCUGAUUGCCGAGAGCGAGGUGCACGACGAUCUUGUGCAGCAGGACUUUGUCGACGUCUACAGUAACCUCACGCUCAAGACUGUCAUGAUGCUCAAGUGGGUCACCUCCAGCUGUCAGCCGAACUAUAUCCUGAAGGCAGACGAAGACAUGUACGUCAACAUCCCCCGGUUGCACGCGUACCUAAAGGCCGAGGGACGACCCGACCUCAUCACCGGCGCGCUCAUCUGUAACGCCGAGCCGAGGCUGGACAAGUAUUCGAAGUACUUCUCGCCGCGGUACAUGUUCGCCGCCCGCCGCUUCCCGGCGUACGUGUCGGGUACAGCGUACGUGCUGGGCAGCGAUGUAGCGGCGCGACUGUACCGCACCGCGCUCACCACGCCCCUCUACCACCUGGAAGACGUGUUUCUCACCGGCAUCUGCGCCAGCAAGCUGGGCGUGCGGCCCACCGACCACGUGGGCUUCACCUUCUGGCGGCGCGCGAUGGAGCCGUGCGAGUUCAACGCCGUAAUGAUGGCGCACGAGCUGACGCCGGACGAGCUGCGUGCCAUGUGGCGGCGGCUGCAGGAGCCCGGUCUGGAGGCCGCAUGCGCAGCCGCCUCCCCACCGUACAAGCCGAGGAAGCUGGUCAAAUGCCGCCGGUGACCGGCGCCGGCCUCAGCGCCACCGUGCGCGACCGGCCCGGCUGACUGCCGCCUUCUCCUCGGUCCACGUCACGCCACGCGACG